ACAAGCACUGGCUCCUCCGAAUGCCUCCAUCGCCGCUCCCAGAAUCCAUGAUGCCGGAACUAGACCGAGUGUACCGUUCCCGCUGGGAGGCGCUGCUGGCAGUCGACGAGAUGGUUGCUGACGUCAUCGGCGCUCUAGAGGUCAACGCCCUAUUGGACAACACCUACGUCAUAUACACAUCUGACAACGGGUACCAUAUCGGUCAAUUCUCCCAAGUAUACGACAAGCGGCAGCCUUACGAAGCGGACAUAAAGGUUCCCCUCGUCAUCCGAGGUCCUGGCCUGAAGAAAAACGCUCAAAAUCCUCAACCAGUCUUAAACAUUGACAUAGCACCGACCAUACUACAUCUAGCCGGUGUAAAGGCACCCGAAAUGGACGGCAGACCAGUGAAAAUAGAAAAGGAAGAAGUGGAUGAACGGUAUAUGCUGGUGGAAUAUUACGGGGAAGGCAGAGAUGGUUCUGUGGACCCGAAUUGCCCAUGGAAAUAUGACAGCGACAACCUUGCGCAAUGCUACCCAGAAUACGAUUGCAAGUGUCAAGACGCGAAGAACAACACGUUCGCGUGUCUCCGACACAUUGCCAAGCGUCUCAACAUGAAGUACUGCAUAUUUGCUGACAGUGAGGUAUGAAUUGGCAACGACAGCACAUCAAGCUUA